GGUUACAGAAUCCUCCUGAAGCUGAUAAGAACAUCAUGCCUGUGUCUUCUCGGGGUUAACAAGGAAUUGUGAGACUAUAUAUGAUGUGUGAGGCUGAUUCCUUCAAGGCAAGCUAGAUGAUCUGCAUUGACCAUGCUUUUCUUAAUAGUCAUUGUGGGUUCGAGUGGUGCUCUCCAGUAAGCUGGGCUGAUGCUGCUAAAUUGCCACAUUGUUCGGUGCCCAAAAAAUUUCUUUCAUUCCCUAAAUCCUUUUUAAAAUAUAAAAUUCAUGUUGAACUUGUAUUAAUAGUAUUCAAUUUCCAAGAGCCACCAGACUAUUUAUUUCAAUCUGUGUUUUAUAUUGCAGAAGACUGAAUGCUUGAAGUCGCAAUAUAUGUACCUAUCUUUACUCAUGAAACAAAUGUUUGCUUAUGGAUUAUUAGAUAGUUUGCUUUGAAAUAUCAAUAAAUUGCAUCUUUGGAUGGAACAGGACUUGAUCAGUCAGAAAGGUUUGAACCUGGAAACAAAAUGUGUGGAUGAUUUUGGUGUAGUGAUUUGAUUUCAAUGUAUUGAUUCCAUUGGAUGGUUUUAUCCCAGUAAUGCAAAUCCUAAAUCUAGUCUCCUCCUGCCUUCUUUAAUUAAUUUGCUGGUGUUUAGUUAGACUUACUAUUAUUAUUAUUAACUGUAGUACUACUUUGAAGAAGCUUUGAAAGCUAUGAUGGGUAAAGAUUGAUGAGGAAAGCGGAAUGGAUCAUAACAUAAAGCCUUCGUUCUGUUACAAUAUAAUGCUGAAAUGGGUUUUUUGCUUUGGUGUCAAUUUCUUUGCUUAGCUGUCAAUUUCUGGUUUACGUGUCUUCAAGAUAAAUUGCAGGAUUAGUUUAUAAUUUGACAGAGUCCAAGUUUGUUAUUGAGUCUUUACUUAGUGGAGUAUGGUUCCUUAUUUUUAGAGAUAAGAUUAGUUUCCUUUUUUGCAGAUCGUGGAGUCAUUGAUUCCUUGUAUUGUGCAAUCUGUCGCUCUACAUUUUCUAUUUAAAUGGGCACAGAUCAGUUGAAUAAAUAUCUUCAAUUCAG